AUGCCCAAGAGGAAGGUCAGCUCCGAGGGGGCGGCGAAGGAGGAGCCCAAGCGGAGAUCGGCGAGGUUGUCAGCAAAACCGGCUCGUGCAAAAGUGGAAACGAAGCCAAAAAAGGCGGCGGGAAAGGAUAAAUCUUCAGACAAAAAAGUGCAAACAAAAGGGAAAAGAGGAGCAAAGGGAAAACAGGCGGAAGUGGCCAACCAAGAGACUAAAGAAGACUUGCCUGCAGAAAAUGGAGAGACUAAAAACGAGGAGAGCCCACCCAGCCUCUGAUGAAGCAGAAGAGAAAGAAGCCAAGUCUGAUUAACAACCACACACUCAGUCCUGUCAGUGGUCCCUGUUUCCCUUCUUGUACAAUCCAGAGGAAUACUUUUAUCAACUAUUUUGUACAUGCAAGUUUUUUAGUAGCUCUAGAAACAUUUUUAAAAAGGAGGGAAUCCCACCUCAUCCCAUUUUUUAAGUGUAAAUGCUUUUUUUUAAGAGGUGAAAUCAUUUGCUGGUUGUUUAUUUUUUGGUACAACCAGAAAAUAGUGGGAUAUUGGAUAUGGGAGGCUUUGAUUGUCUUGGGUGUCAGCUUAACAUUCCAUAGAUGGGGGGUAGCUUUUAUAUCCUAUAAUACAAAAGCAUACUAAAUGGCAGUUUGGGGUCAGUUGUGCAUUCAAU